GAAGGGGCCGCCGUGCUGCCUUUCCUUCACGCAGUCCUCCGUGACGCGCAGAAAUUCCCUACAAUGAUUCAUAAGUUUCCUUGGUUCCCCCACCCCACUUCAUUUAAAGCUUCCUCCUUUUUCUUGCUGCCCAUUAAAACAGUCAGGGGCUACUAACGAUACCCAGCACUGCCAGCUGGCUCGCACCUGCCGGUGCCUCUGAUGUCCUUGGUUCCUCUCUUUUACUGUACCAUGUAGGGCCUGAGAGAACGCAGUUUUUGUCCCAGUGUCUAUGGAAAGGUUUUGGUUUAGUUCCCCCAAAUCCCUCUUCUCCACGGUCGCAGCCUGACGCCGGGGCCGACCCCACCCCAGCUCCAUCCCUGCCAUGCAGGAGGCGACGGGACGUGCCCCCUCAGGGCUCGGUAGGGCGCGGGCACUGCCCUCCUCCCAGCGGCAGCAUGGCUGGCCCUCAGCCAGCAGAGUCCCAGGCUCUCGGGAGACGAGGGGCGCGGCAGCUGCCGGGGAGGACCGGACCACCGGGUGACUCCCUCGGCCGGGCAGGGGCCCCGCUGCCGGAGCGCUUUCCGCCACCGUUUGUCUCCCGUCUCUUCCCGUUCGCAGGAGCAGCUGCUACUGCGCAACGCCAUCCCCCCCCGCUCCAGCGCCGCCGCCUCCCCUGCGCUGCCCGCUAGCACAAGAGGAUAAAAACAGAAGUGGGUAGAAAGAAGAGCUGGAGGACCUUUGAAGAAAGCAUAACAAAAAGGGAAGACUUUGGACACAGGUUAGAGAAGACCAGAGAGACAUUAGAACACAGCAAGACACAAAGUAAAUAGAACAUUUGUUUUGUCCUUGAUAAUCCUUGUGGGCCCCUUCCAACUUGGCAUAUUCUCUGAUUCUGUGAAUUUAGGUCCUUCUUCACAGGGAGGUCGAUACAGGUCUGUGAAAAGCUCUGUUGCCACCAGUAGUGUUGAUCCUUCUACACAAAAAACUUCUAAGGAGCAAACCUCCAGGGGCAUAUUGUAAAAGAAGUCUUUGUCUUGCAUGGUUUUAUGUUGGCAUUCAGUUUUGUUAUGUGGUAUUAGAUGUGAGUAUGCUUAUGUAAUGUUUAGGAUAGCAAUGAUUUAUUUCUAUGGACAUAUUCUGGGAAAAAGGGUGUUCCUUGUCUUUUGUCUAAAUAUUGGACAAGUUUUUUGCUUGUUUGUUUGUUUGCUUUUGUUUGGUUUGGUUUUAGUUGUUUUGUUGUUGUUGCUUUCUAAUUCUUUUAUGCAACCUGGAAAUAAAACCAACUGUAUCACUUUACUAUUAAAAGCAUCUAGGUGGUAUGCUAUACAAGAUCAAAGAAUGUUUGUGAAUAAAGUAUUAGUCUCCUCUGCAGUGAUGAGAAAACUUAUAGACUUCAAGGUAACAAAGUGGUGUCAGCAAGUGACCAAAUUGUAUGUUUUGUGGUCUUUACAGAUUGACAUACAGAGCCAAAAUAUCACAAGCUGAAAAAAUGAAUAACCAAGAGCCUGAUGUUCUGCGUUGCUGGAGUUGUAGAAAUUACAUAGCAAAUUCUGUUUGCCUUGCCAAAUGUAAUGGAAAAGAACUAUCUGAAACAUCACAAACUUCAGCUGCUGCUCAGGACUCUUGCAAUGUAAGGCAUGUGAACUUAGAAGCCAUUCCAGAGUGGGUGAAAUGUGUCAUUGGAAGGGCAGAGUGGACAAUUGGAAAACUGCACUGUCCAUUCUGUGAGGCUUCCUUAGGGGACUUUAACUUUGUUUGCAACAAAAGAUAUUCCUGUGGACAGUUAGUAAAUAUACAUUUCUGCAAGACUCAGACUGACUCUCAACCAUCUUUCUCUGUUAAAUUGUCAAAAUAAUCAGGAAAACAUUUGCCUGUCCUCAAAAUUCAGUCUGGUUCUAGCAAGGAUACCUGCCACGAAGUGGUAACUGCAACUUUGCAAAUCAAAAGUCAAGGACUUUCCUACAUGGCCAGAAAUAAUGAUGGUCCUGGAAGAUUAACAGAAGCACUUAGUCUAGAAGUAAAAGCUCCAAGAUAUGAGAUGAAAAAUAAAAAACUUCCCUUAAAGGCAUUAAACCAGAACAGAUAUCUCUCUUCUUCCUAUCCUAUAAAUGAUGCAUGCACUGUAAAACCUUUUCACAGAAGAUCACGUAGUUUGGAUUUGCAUAUCAGAGAGAGACUGUUUUUGUCACCUGUGUUAUAUGAAACUUGCAGUAUGGGAACAAUUUACCAUGGCCAAAAUGAAAACCCACCUGUUAACGCACAGGGUGGCUUGCAAUUAGAGUCCAGUAGGAAAUAUGGUAGUUCUUUUCAGGACCUGUGUAGUUCCAGUGCUGCCAAACUACAAAACCAAUUACAUCCUUUACCACAUUACUACACAGAGGAACAGAAAGUGAGUGUGAUUUUGGAGCUCACGGACAAUCUUCUGCAAGUAUCGUUGCUGAUAGGUCACCAUUUUUGAUGAAACUUUCUUCACCUACGAGGGCUGUAGAAGACAAAGAGUAUCUCACACCUGUUGGUCUUGUGCAGCCUACAAGUAUUUCCUUCAACCAAAAGCUGAGAAAGAGAGAAAGAAGCAAGUUGAAAAGCCUGAGGAGAAAGCAAAGAA